AUGAGUCGUCUGGAGGACCUCGACGAGGAGGUCCUGGCCAUUGUGCUCAGGUCUGGACUCAUCAAUCUCAACAACCCCGGCACGCAAUACGAAGUCUCUCAAGCCAUCGACACGGCUCUCGGGAUCGCUAGCGAUGAGCAGAUCAACAUUGCCAUAAUGAGGAGCGUGCAGAAUCAGGUGCGCGCCUCUGCUUCGACUUCUGCCACCACGACUGAGCCUCCUGCCGCGGAAAGGGACACGGAACAGCCCACCUGGAUCGCUGAAGCGGAGAGGAAGAGAAUACUGGCCCAUCUCCAGGCCGUGGCCGACUCCGGUGACGAAGCUGACGAAAGGAAAGGACGUGAUACGGGCGACGUGUGCUCCAUCUGCCUUGAGGCCACGGACCCUGACAGACAGAUCAAGUUGCCGUGCGGUCACGUCUGGUGCAAGAAGUGUCUCUGCCGACAGCUCGUCAGCGGUCUGGGUCCCGGUGCCGUCUGGCCGCCCAAAUGCUGCGACCCGCUCGACGAGUCGACGAUCGCCUGGCUGGACUUGCCCGACGUGCUGCGCCUCUGGCUGCAGGCCCGACAGCAGAACGAGACACCCGUCGGCGAGCAGAUUCAUUGUGCCCGCCCGGCUUGUGGCGAGUUCAUCCCGGCGAGGCCCGGUGAGCAAACAGAUGCCACCUGCCUGGUCUGUGGCGACAACACAUGCCGUGCCUGCCGCCGAGCCUCACAUCCAGGACGGCCCUGCACUGAAGAGGCGGAGGAUGAGAUGCUCAAGGAUCUCAUGGAUGAGAAGGGGUGGUCGAGCUGCCCCCGGUGUAGUCGGAUCAUCGAGCUGACUGCCGGCUGCAACCACGUAACAUGCCGCUGCGGCGCCGAGUUCUGCUUCCUUUGCGGAGAGCCGUUCCGUUUCACGCACCAGUGUCCACGAUACGGCAACGGCCGGGGACAGCGCGUGCCGGUACGCGAGCGCCGUAGUCAAUAUCACCAGAGACAGGAAAACGAGGACAACAGAGCGAGCGAAGCCCGACAAGAAACACAAGAGCCGGACCGCGGAGGCCGUCGUUUCGAUGAUAUUCCAUGGAACUUUGGGCCCUUCCAGGCGUACGCAGUCGACGAGACGGAGCUGAGAUCCGCGUGGAGGCCUGAGGAGGCUCGUCGACGCAUGCAAAUGAUCAAUCAAAUGUUGAUGGAAGACGAUUUCGAGAACAGCUCAACGCCAAACCGGCCCUGGCCUGGUAGCUUCGUUCGACGCAUGCAAAUGAUCAAUCAAAGAUUGACGGAAGAUGAUUUUGAGAACAGCUCAACGCCAAGCCGGCCAUGGCCUGCUAGCUUCGUCCCACAACCUGGCCUUGGCAGCCGGAGGCCGUCAUCUCGUUCCAUGCAGCCGAGUACCACUGUGGUAGAUCCUUUCGGCAACUCGUGGGCCCAGAACACUCCCUUUGCUCCAUUGACUCAACAUACAACUGCCGAUCAAGACGAGGAAGUCGGAGGACGCCGGGGCAGAGGCCGGAGGCCGUCCCCCUCCCGGCGCCCCUGGAUAGGAAUACCCCGGCCAGAACUUUUCCCCCCGCUACCUCGCCCGGCACGUGCGGCUCUCUCGAGGCAGACGGCCCGGGCCUCGACCGGCGCAGCACCUGAAGGUCUCGAACAAGGUAAUUCACAAAGCCAGCAACAAGGCAGAUCCCCUUCGGCUUCACGUUCCCCACGCUCUACACACCGCACGUAUGGACAGCCACCGCAUGGCAGGGAAUUUGAGGACCCCGCUGAUCGCUAG